AUGACUACCGGAAUCAAGCCGUACAAGAUCGAGAUCCCAGACUCAAAGAUCGAAGAGCUCCACGCCAAGCUCGAUAUUGCCAAAUUCCCACCAGAGUCUGCGCUCACUGAAAGCUGGGACUAUGGUGCGCCGGUCUCAGAGGUGAAGAGGUUGGCCCAGCGCUGGCGCAACGGCUUCGAUUGGCGCGCGGCUGAAGCCAAGCUGAAUGAGUUGCCGCAAUUCACGACAACCAUCUCCGUGGACGGUUUUGGCGACCUCGAGAUUCACUUCCUCUACCAGAAGAGCAAACAACCUGGAGCUGUGCCGCUUCUUUUUUCUCACGGCUGGCCCGGUAGCUUCCUCGAGGUCCUCAAGAUUCUUCCGCUAUUGACGACGGAGAAGAAUGGUCUUUCUUUUGAUGUCGUAGCACCAUCACUUCCCAACUUUGGGUUUUCGGAGGGUCCGGACAAGCCAGGCUUCCGCCUGCCUCAGUAUGCCGAGGUCAUGCACAAGGUGAUGCUGAAGCUUGGUUACGAGCAGUAUGUUACUCAAGGAGGCGAUUGGGGCUUCGGAAUUACCAGGUUCAUGGGACUGCUCUACCCAGACCACGUCCUCGCAUCCCACAUCAACAUGGUGUCCGCGAGCCCGCCAUCUUUCUUCAAGAACCCGCUACAGUACAUCAAGAACCUCUUCCCUUACUCUGAAAAGGAGAAGAAAGGCAUCCAGAGAAGCCAAUGGUUUCAGAGAGAGGGUCGCGGAUAUAACCUCGAGCAGAGCACUAAGCCUGCGACCGUGGGCCUCGCGUGGGUUGACUCACCCGUGGCGCUAUUAUCCUGGAUCCUUGAGAAGCUGCACGACUGGACCGAUUCGUACCCAUGGACAGAUGAUGAGCUCCUGACUUGGAUUUCCAUCUACCAGUUCUCGACUGCUGGCCCCGAGGCUAGCGCGCGGAUUUACUACGAGGUUACACAUCCCAAGCCGCAUACUGAGCACAUUACAUGGGUACCGCGUGUGAAGCUCGGCCUGUCCAUCUUCCCCAUGGACUUGAUUGUUCCGCCGAUGACCCAUGCUAAGACGCUGGGUCCUGUUGUGUUUGCCGCCACGCAUGGUGAUGGUGGACAUUUUGCUGCUCAUGAGAGGCCUGAGAUAUUGGUCAAGGAUCUAAGGGAGAUGUUCAGCAAGGGCGGUGGUGCGCAUGAUGUUGCUGAGUUGUUGUCUAAGCAAAGUAUUCGAUCAAAACUAUAG